AGUAAAAGGAAGCAUGGCAUGGCAUGGCCUGACAGGUAAGAAUAUUCGGAGGCAAACUUCCAAAGCCAAAGCGAGAGAUACAAAAACUGAGCUCUUCCCCCACCCCACCAGCUGACCUGACGUUAGAAUCACUCUCUCUCUCUCUCUAAAAACAUCAACCUACAAAGCCCAUUAAGGCGGUGGUGAAUUUUAAUUGAUUUUCGUUUGCAGGUAACGCGAAUUCAUCUCUGCUCUGUGUAGGAUGAAAAUAUUUUAUUCUCUCCAUUUGAAGAAGUGGAAAAUCGAAUAUUGUUAAGCUUUGAGGAGGACAUUUGCCUAUUGUCUCCAUGUGCGCGAACUUGGAUGGAUUUUGCAUACUAAGGCAUUGCCGUAAAAAUCAAAUAGAGUGCCUUUAUCAAUGGAGCUUGCAAAUACCCGUAAUGACAACAUCGAACAUGUUAUUGACGUUGCUAGUACAGUUAAUGCCAUUUCCUCUAAUUCACCACACGACAGACCGCCCGGGGGCUUGGAGGUGCAGCUCAGUGAUACACAUCCUUCUACUAGCUCGAGGGUCCCAGUCUAUGAACCGUCUCCCUUUCCAACCAGACCAAACUCGAGGAGUUCGUCGCUAAUUCGAAGAGCCAACAGUCGAAGCAGCCAAGGAAGUCCUCUGAACUCCGUUGUAUGGAUUUCAGUGGAGUUAGUUUUGAUCGUUGCCCAAAUCAUUGCAGCCAUUGUUGUUUUGUGUUUGUCAAAGAAUGAGACACCGAGCGUUCCUUUGAAAGCAUGGAUCGUUGGAUAUGCAUCUGGUUGUGCUGUCAUUAUCCCCCUUUUAUAUUGGAGAUUUCUACAUCAAAAUGCCGGACUUGAACAUGCUUCUCGAGCCGAGCAAGAUUUUACUCGAAGGAAUAAUACUGUCGGUCCCUUAAAUCGGAGAGCUGCGAAUGGGGAAAAUGUGAACAUAGAAACAAGAAACACAUGGAGUAAUCGAUUACCAAAUCCACGGCUUAAAGUACUCGUCGAAUACACCAAAAUGGCUUUAGAUUGCUUCUUUGCUGUUUGGUUUGUUGUGGGCAAUGUAUGGAUUUUUGGGGGGCACUCGUCAUCGGCUGAAGCUCCCAAUGUGUACAGGCUGUGUAUAGUAUUUCUUGUCUUCAGCUGCAUUGGAUACGCAAUGCCGUUUAUCCUCUGCACUACGAUCUGUUGCUGCCUCCCGUGCAUAAUAUCCGUCCUUGGCUUCAGAGAAGACUUCACCAUGAACCAAGGUGCCACACAAGAUUCAAUUAAUUCAUUGCCGACCUAUAAAUUCAAACGAAAGAAGAACAGGAGUGGCAACAACAAGGAUAAAAGCUUGGGCAAAGACGAAGGCGGUAGAGUGGCUGUUGGUACUGAAAAUGAGCGCGCAAUAUCUGCAGAGGAUGCGGUUUGUUGCAUUUGCUUAGCCAAGUAUGUCCACAACGACGAGCUGCGGGAGCUGCCAUGCUCCCAUUUCUUUCACAAAGAAUGCGUCGACAGAUGGCUGAAAAUCAACGCCUCGUGUCCCCUCUGCAAAGCUGUCGUCGGAGACACCAUUUUCAACUAGCAAGUUAAGCUCUCAACUUCUGGAACACUACUGUUCUAAAGACUUCCUGCCCUGCCCUGCUCUAAUAUAGAACUUAAAAUUGUUCAGAGAUGGUAGUUUAGUUGAGUCUACUACACUUUAUUUUACUCAUCAACUUUGCUGUUGUAUAUAUUGAUUGAUUGUAUCACUAAUAUUUAUAUUCUAGAUUGAUUGUAUCACUAAUAUUUAUAUUCUAGUCGAAUCGCAUUGACCAUAUAUAUAUAUAUCA